UGUUUGCAAUUAUGGACCUGUUUUCGCAGUGUAUACAACCGAGAGGCAUUCUGUCGUUUCGAGUAAAGGGUUUGAGUUGUAUCCCACAAAUCUUUUGCUGUGGCAGCAGAUAGUAGAGGCUUGUCGAUCUGUGGUUCCAUACUAUUAAUCAACAUGGACCGAAUAAGUGAGUCCUCCCCUUUCCAAAGUCGUUCCAAGGCGUCUCCUGGUAGAGGACGUACAGUCCCUCCAGUUAAGAAGUCGAACUGGUGGCGACCUUCGAGGAACAUCUUUAUUGAUUGGGACCAAGAAAAAUAAUUUUGCCCAUUUAAUUUUUCACCUGAAAAAUUCUCUGUAGACGAACCCAAAGAGCCAGUUAUAUAAUUUGACAGUAAAUUAGGGAACGAAGUUAUCGGGUUCUUGGAAUACAUCGGUAACUCGGUUGGUUUGAAAUGCAUCAAAGACUCACCCGCUUCAAUGUUUGAUCUGUUCUAAGGUUGAUUAAUUCCGUUACCAGAAAACAACGGUUGCUGUAAAGAGUCAACGUACAGCGGAUGCUUACUGUACAGAUUUGAAAGAUUUACGGUUGAGGGUUGCUGUCCGGAGCUCAUAGGCGGCGCGUGAGGAUGCGAAUGCCCGGAAGGGCUUGACGGUUGGACAUCCGACGGCGCGUAAAAGGGAAUGGGCUGGGCGGUGAGAUGAAACGGCCCAUGCGCUGGAGAGAAGCGGCGCAUGAAGCAUCUUCUGGUCAGACGGUGGCUCGUACGACUGCGAAACCACUCCCGUUGGGUAGAUCGGCGGUUUCUGUAGGUUUUGAAGCAGUUUCUCCAUGGCGGCAGCGACGACAGUGACGGGUUCAAUUUCGAUCUGGGUUUCUCCUAGGGUUUUGUUAUUGCUUUGCUCUGAUACCAUAUUGAAAGCAAUUAACAACAACCCGAGACUUACGUGGAAACCAGAGAACUGGGAGAAAAACCACGAUACUUUAGUUUUUAUUAUUUUUCUUAUGAAUACAAUUGGUACAAAUAGAGAAAAUAAAUAUAGUACAAUAGGAGUAAGAAAGGAAAAGAUCUAGGAAAUAUUUAGGAAAUAAAAUCUUAUAUAUUAUUCUUUCCGAAAAUACUCUAAGGACAAAGCCCUACUAAUUCUAACAGUAGGCUUUAAGGUUUUAUUUGUGAAGAUUAUGAUUUCAUAUUUAAGUUAAUGAAAGUGUUUUACAUUCCUACAUCAUGAAGUUGCAUCCUUUAUCUCUUUAAACAUGUGUAGCCAUAUACUGCUUUAACUUUAAGUUUAAACUGUAACAAUCUAUUCUUUCAGUGCAAAUCAUACUUACGGUUGCUGAACAUCAUAGUGCCAUUGUUCCUUGGCAACUUAUAGCUGAAAGGACCGGUGUUGUUCUGAAGUUUGUAAGUUUAGGUGAACAUAAUGUCCCAAACUUACUAGAGUUAAAGGAAAUGUUUUCAACAAAAACAAAGCUUGUGGUUACCUAUCAUGUCUCAAAAUGUACUGGGUACACCAUUCUAUUUGAUAUUUAGCAUUUUUUUUAAUCUAUUUCCUUUUUAUACCAUUCAAUUUAUAAACAUUACUCAAAUAAAACAAGUAGUAGGUGAAUAUUUCAAACUGAAGUGUUAUCAUAUUACUUCAGUUAUCACACUUCUAGUGGAAAGGUUUGCAGCUGAAUAAAAAUAAUAAAGUCAAAUGAAUGAAGAAUGAAAAGAACUGUCAGACAUUUUUCCUUCUCUUGAUCUGUGUCCAGUUACUCUUGAUAUCUUUCUAAUAAUAACUAUAUGCAAAUAGUGGAAUUCAGUAUGAUUUGAUUUUUUUCUCUGCAACUUAUGUUCUUCCAAUUGAAGAAAUAGUUGGCUUAGCACAUCAUUUUGGGGCAAAAGUGCUUGUAGAUUCGUGCUAGAGUGUUCUACACAUAGUUGUCGACAUCUAGGCACUUGAUGCUGACUUUCUUAUUGCUUCUUCUCACAAGGCAUUGGAUUCUUGUAGAUUGAUCUAUUGUUUGCAAUGCCUCCAUUCUUAGAUGGUGGAGAUUUCUUGACCAUUCCACAUUUGCACAACCUCGUUCCAGAUUUGAAGCUGGGACGCCUACAAUUGGAGAAGCAAUUGGUUUGGGGAGCUGCUAUUGAUUAUCUAUCUAGGAUCGAAAUGCAAAAAAUUCAUAGUUACGAAGAAGAAUUGGCGAAUUAUCUAUAUGAAAACCUUCGUGCAGUCCCUAACAUUCGAAUAUAUGGCCCAGCUCAAUUUAGACUUUAGUGUAUUUAUAAAUUAUUUAAUUAAGCAACGGUUUCAUGGACUACAUUUUUUCUACAUAAUUAUCGAUGUAUACAUUGUUGACACUUACCUGCCUUUGUUUUUUUUCAAUACAAAGUCUCAAAUUCCCUGGGAUCAAAAUUAUAGUGACUCGUUGAACUAGUAUAUGAGAUUUUAAUUAUUGCUUAAUUAGCCAUGUUAUU